AGUGACUCAAUUUGUUUGACGUUCACUGCAGUGAGUGAUUGAUUGGUGAGAUUGUGGGACAAGAAUGGGUCACAUCUUCGGCAAACCUAAACCCAAGAAGAAGCCUGAGAUCACUGAAGAGGACAAAGCGAUUCUGCAACUCAAACAACAAAGAGAUUCCGUGAAGAAGUAUCAGAAGAGGAUUAAGGAUGAGUUGGACAAAGAGAGACAAAUCGCCCGACAGUUACUCAAAGACAACAAAAAAGAGUUG